AUGUGUCCUUUGCCUCGUAGGAGUAGUUAUUCACGUGAUGAUAAACCAUGGAGACAAAAUACUUAUGUUGAGAAGAAUGUAGAUCGAAGGGGAGAAAAUCAGCAAAGUCCCGAACGAAUAGUCAGCGUUUUAAAUCCUGAUAGCUCAGGGUUGUACGUGAAUGGAAAUGUAGAGGAAGGGGAAAUUGAAUUUUUACUAGAUACCGCUGCAGGAUUAUGCAUGCUUUCCAGGGACUCCUGUGAUUUAAUGGACAAGCCUCCAGCAUUGCUUCCAGUAACAUGUCGUCUAAACCAGGCUGAUGGUACUCCUUCAGACGUUAUUGGUCGUGCAACGUUUGAUUUCAGUCUCAGGGAUAAGAAAUUUAGCUAUCCAUUUGAAGUUGUGCAUAUACCAACAUCAGCUAUAAUAGGAUUUGAUUUCUUGACAGAUGAAAAUGUCAUAUUAAAUAUUUCGGAAAGAGAAAUUUAUAUAGAUGGAGCAUCAUACAGUGUCAUACUAUAG